ACACCAGCUCGUGCUUCCUUAACAUAGCUAGUAGUGUGCAGCUGAAAUGGCUAAUAGAGCUCGCGUUAAGCUUUGGGCUGUUGCCUUCAUCGCCCUUGUGAGCUUCCAGCUUGCGUUGGCAGCUAGAUCGCUCACUGGGACUGCCGCAGGAGGCGGCGGUGGAGGUGGAGGAGGUGGCGGAGGAGGACGUGGAGGAUCUGACCGUGGGUCCGGAUAUGGAUCCGGCUCCGGCUCUGGAUAUGGUGAGGGUGUCGGUGGUGGGAGCGCUGGAGGGUACGGUAGAGGAGGAGGCGGAGGCGGUGGCGGAGGAGAAGGAGGCGGCGAUGGCUCUGGCUCCGGGUCCGGCAGCGGUUAUGGAUCGGGAUACGGUGAGGGCGCUGGAGGAGGAAACGCCGGAGGGUAUGGGAAAGGCGGCGGCGGCGGCGGCGGUGGGGGAGAAGGGGGAGGUGCAGGAUCCGGCUCUGGUUACGGACGAGGAUCUGGAUCGGGUUACGGUGAGGGCGGCGGGGCUGGUAAUGCGGGAGGAUAUGGGAAAGGCGGCGGCGGCGGUGGCGGUGGGGGAGAAGGGGGAGGUGUAGGCUCCGGCUCUGGUUACGGGCGAGGGUCUGGAUCUGGUUACGGUGAGGGCGGUGGGGCUGGUAAUGCGGGAGGAUAUGGGAAAGGCGGCGGUGGCGGAGGUGGCGGUGGAGGAGGAGAGGGCGGCGGUGAUGGGUCGGGAUACGGAUCCGGGCAGGGGCAUGGAUCCGGAUAUGGCUCCGGCGCGGGUGGUGCACAGGGCGGUGGAUACGGUCAUGGAGGAGGCGGUGGAGGCGGCGGCGGUAUGGGAUCGGGUGGCGGCACUGGCUCUGGCUACGGGUCUGGGUAUGGUUCUGGAUACGGCGGCGGCGGCGGCAACGGCAACAAUUAGAUUUAAUUAGAUUAUGUAAGAACUCACCAGUUCUAUUAAUGUGUGGCAUGAUAUGAUAUGAUGUGAUGAAGUAUUAUUAGUGUAACACCGUUCUAAAUAAUGAAUAAAUGCAAUCGCGUUUAUAAUA